GGAAAAGUGAGAAGCUGAGAAGAACAGAAAGAAGAUAUAGUGUGGAAGUAAUAUCUCGGGGACAAUUUGCACUCUUUUCAUAUAAAUAGAGACAGGGGAGAAAAUAAGAGACUUUAUAGUGUCCAAUAGAUCAACAACAUGGCUGGGAGGGGGCGUGGUACACAUAUUAGGGUGAAAAAACUAGAGAAACCCCGCCCACUUAGGAGUGUAUCAGAGGACUUGACAGCUGUCAAUCAAGCAUUUGAACCUGACAAUCAAAAGGAGGACAUUGAUGAUGUAUUCUUAGGAGAAGAAGAGUAUGAUAGAAGGACACCAGAAUCAUAUGCUGACAGUAGGGUACCUCCUUUACCAGAUGGGAGUAUGUUGAAUUGGGUGAGAGCCAUAGAAUAUGAACUUGAGAAAGGGAACUACAUUGAUGCAGAUAUUCAGGCCAUAUGUGAGUCCAUACAGAUGAAAGGUCCACUCAUGGACAGAAUAAAUUCAGUUUGUCUCGAUCCUGUAUUUGAAGCAGUGCGUCGUGUUAUCCGGCAACCCGAUCUUACAGGUCUAGAUCGCUUGAGUCUGUUAGAAGUUAUUGAAAUGCGAGCCAAUGACUGGGAACCUAAUGGCCCAAGACAUGAGUUUUACACCAAAGCCUAUCCCCAGAUGGAAGCUAGAUUUGCUGCUGAAAACAGAGAUGCCGGCACAUAUGCAUCAAAGAGAAUGAUCCAUAACACCCUCAAUAUCAAACUUGCCCCUGAACUGCAACGGGAACCCCCACAUAUUCAAGCAGACGGUGACACCUAUGAACCAAACAACAAUCCACCAAAUAUUGAUAAACUGAACUUUGUGAAGCAAGUGGAGGAGUUAUGCCUGCAGAAUGGUAACAACAAAGACAAAGAGUCUGAAAUUGACUCUCCUGAUAUUCCAGUUUAUGACUCCCCUUGUCAUAUUCCAGUACGGAGUGAUAAUAUAAAUCCAAUUCUAGCCACACUUGAAAAGGUGAUCAAUGAACGAAAGUUGAAUAUUCCCCAGAAGAAGUUGACAGCAAGUCGUUCAGUGAAGAAGUUCAUGAAAAGUGUAAGUGAGGAUAAUGAGAUUCAGAUUAUAAAGGAACUGUAUGGCAAAAAAUCAGAUUGUGAAUUCAUAAAUGACGUUGUUGAUCAUGACACUGAUAAGUUUACACCAAAAGAAGCUCAUGACAUCACAAGGUUAGUCACCAAAGAGGACAACCAAAAGACAUUGCAGUUUCCUGUUCAAAAUACGCCUGCAGUUGAUUUGACCAAAAUGAAAUAUGAACUUAAAAAUCUCCAGUUGACAACUAAUAUUCACGAGAAUAAACCAUCAAAAUCUGCAAGACCUCAUUCUCUCGAAGACAACAUUGCCUUUCGUAGAAGUAAUUCUGAAAACGAUGUUGGUCAUAAUUAUUAUGAAAAAGAGUCCAUUGGUAAACUUUCUCUUGUUAAUGAUAAAUACAAGGGACCUUCCAAGAAAAAGUGGAGGGAUGAAUGGCUUAUGAGGAAUUUCGAUGAAGAAGGAUCAGGCUCCAGUUACGAGAGUUCUCGUGCAAGUACAGUGUCGCCCCCUAUUGAGAGGAUGUCUAGUUUGCGUAUGGAUGCAGAAGACAUAUUCAAGCCUCAGGACAACAAAAAGAAAAAGUCUGAUACAACAAUAUUCUCUAUAUCCAUCCGUGAUUCUAAAGUGUUCACACACAAAGUCAGUGGGUUCAUCGCCAUGGCUACAGAUACAUCCAUUCAAAGAAUUGAAGGUCUUGGCGAUUCAGAGGUAGCGAUAUUUGAGAUCUCAGGACCAAUCAAAGGGAGGAACCUUGCUGUAGCGCGGAUUGCAGAGUACUGCCAGUCUAUCGUGAAGAACCCCAGGGAAUGGGUGCAGCAACACGACUUACUAAAGCAACAACAACAACAAAAAGUUAAAAAUGAACCUCCUCCGAAGAAGGAAGACCCUGUGAUCAACCACAUAUCUGAUAAAGCCCAGUGGGAGGACAACUGCGGACAGUAUGUUUACCACUUAACAAUAAAGAGCAUUAUCAUGGGUAGAUUGCUCGGUGUACAAGGUCAGAGAAUAAAAGUCAUAGAAGAAGAAUCAGAAACUAACAUCUCAGUCUACAAGAAUGAUAAAGAUCUGAUGUACCGACCUGUUGUAGUGUAUGGACCAUCAAUUGAGGCAGUUGGUAUUGCAGUUGAUAUGAUUGAAGAAUGUAUAGCUUUAAACGCAGAACCUAGUCGGAUUCCCAGGAGCAGAGUUGUUUCCACAUCUAGUCAUCUUUCUACGGCAUCAAGUUAUACUCUGUCUGAGUCAGACAGUCCACACACAGACAGGGACCAUGGCCAUGCAAGUAGAAAUUAUGAAAGUCAGGGAGGAAUUCAAAUGCAACAUCCCAAUGCAGUCAUCAAAUAUACUCAAGCAACUAGUCAAAGCAAGUCUGAUGUUCCAAUGACUCCCAGAGGUAGGGGCAGAGGGAGGGGUAUGAUGUCACUCAAAAAAGAAGCUCCGCCUCCAGGAAUUAGUAGACAGGUGUCAUGUCCAGCAAUUUGUAGCCAAUCAGAAAGCAGCAAAGUACCUCUUGUUGUGAGUCCUUCAACAAAUUUGAAAAGAUCUGAAGAUGAUUUGGACUGGGAAGAUGUCGACUCAGGUGAGAUAUUUAAGUUUGGCCAAAAGCAUUACGGUGUCACCUCCUUUGCUAUCAAUCAGGCAGCCCCUUACAAUGGCCUUGGCACAAAGGGUGAUGAUAAGGCAACAAAACCCAUUAAUAAAUCAUCGGGAAUCAUAAACACUUCCCCAACAACACUUUCCCAGGAUAUGCCGAGUAGUGAUGCCAGGGAUAUGUUCCCAGAGGAGAAACCUAUAAGAGGCUUAAAGAGUAGGCAAGCCAGGAAACUUAAUAUAGAGUCAGAGAACACUCGUCAAAAUGCUCAAGAGACUAUUCUCAGUGAUAAAAUGAGAGAAUCUAAUAAUAGCAUGACUUCCCCGAGCAGUCCAGCUAGACCAUUAGCCGAUACACCACCAAAGGAGGCUCCUUUGAGGAUAAUCCACAGGAGUCCGAAAAGACCAGAAUCCUCAGUUAAAGCUCCAAAUGAACAGUUAGCUGAAGAUGAACAGGUCAAAGGACAAAGCAAGGAGACAAUCGCUGCAGAAAUGCAGAAGUUAGAAACAACAAUAAGACAACUCUCACUUGAUGACGAUACUCUGAUUGAGGCUUUUGAAAAUGUUCGUAGAAAAUUAAACCAAGGACAAGAUGACAAUGAAACGUUGGAAACGAACCCAUUUGCUGAGAAAACAAGUCCGGUUCAGGUGUCAAUGUCUCGUAAACUUGAGUUUGACAAUGAAAGAAGCAAAUUGGAAAAAGGAAACAUCUUAAACUGGCGUAAAGGCGCUGUUAAAACUCCACCCGUGGAUCAAUAUGCAUCAGGGGACCCACCAAGGCUCUUCCAUGAAAGGGAUUCCUCCCGGCUGUUCCAUGAAAGGGAUCCACCCAGGCUGUUCAAGAGAUCACUCUCUCACCAAGAGACAAGUUCAUCUAGCUGGAGAAGAAAUGAAACAAUGGACCAGGGAAUGUUCAGUUCAAGUACAAGUGAAGAUGGCUCAUUUGGGGAAGCUGCUAGUGCUUCUAAGGGGCCUGUAUGGAGACCCCCAAACAGAGAAUUUAGGGCUGGGUCUGGUUCCCACCCUGGUAGAGGGAAUGCUGUUGCGUUUCUAAGGCAACCCUUAGGGGCCUUGCAGACUGAUGAUUUAUUCGAUAGUGUAGAAGAAACGAUGCCAGUAGGGCCCAACACGGCUACACACAGGAGACAUCUGUUCAGGGAAACCAGUUCCAGGUUCCAUGCUAAGCAGCUUUUGAAACAAACUCCAACACAUCCCAAGUAUCGCUAUAACAGAACUGAACUCUUCCGUGGGAUGACGUCUCUAGUUGGUCUCUCAAUGCCACAUGAAUGGAUGUAUCUUGUAAGAACACUGCCAGAAAUAUGUCUCAAAGAGCCUCACCAUCCAAAUCUGCGAAAACUUUCUACAGAACUCCAAGAAUCAGCAAAAAAAACGCAAACUAUCUCGCUCAAAAUCUACCCCUGAGUAUUCCACAACCAGUGAGCCUGCUUCACACGAUGCUUUCGAAAAAUAUAAUUACACUUGGUCAAGUGACACUUUCAAGGAAAAGAAAAACUCAAUUCCAGAAUCUAUGCCUAACGAAGACAUACCAGAAUCUUCAACUAGUCAAAAAACUCAAGAAUGCUGUUCAGAAGUGCAAGAUUCUGCAA